CAGGAUCACAAACCCCGCGGAGAAGCGUAAAGUAUGCCUCCCGAGGCGCUUCGGUUUGGACCCGGUGUCGGUUGUUUAAUCUUUGGCGGAUUUUACGCGGACGAGUGGGUGAAUGGAUCCAAAGGACACCGAGCCGUAAGUUGCAGGUUAAAGCUGGAAAACUUCUAGUUUGAAGCUUAUUGGAUUGUGACUCUGCAGCGGAGGACUUCCCACAUCAAAAGCUGCUGCUGCCCGCAGGGACCGCCGGGGAGCUCUGUGAGGACCCUGUGAUUUCUCGUGUAGUGGAGAAGAAGAUCAUCUUUACUGCCCCAGAUCUCCUCCACUGAGGAUCUGUCACUUCAGGCCCGUUUGUGAAUACAUAUCUCGAAGAUGAGAGCUGUCUCCUCUCUCUGUCCUCCUCUUGGUCGAAUGUGGAUGGAUGUGGCGUCGUGAGGAGGCACUAGCCUGAGGACAGUUUGGAGUUUUUUGCCCACACAUUCUUCACCUCAUGCAGUUCCUUCGGCCGGCCUGGGCUCUGACUGCCGCCGCGGUCUGCUUCCUGCUCCUAUUGCUCCUCCACAGCCAAAUCCUGAGAGAAGGCCAGCUGGUAGCAGGGACCUGUGAGAUUGUGACUCUGGACCGUGACAGCAGCCAGCCCAGGAGGACCAUCGCACGGCAGACAGCUCGCUGCGCCUGCAAGAAGGGACAGAUUGCUGGUACGACGAGAGCCAGACCAGCCUGUGUGGAUGUUCGUAUCAUCAUGAGUCGACAGUGGUGUGAGAUGACUCCGUGCUUGGAGGAUGAAGGCUGUAAUCUCCUGGUCAAUCAGUCAGGCUGGACCUGCACUCAACCAGGAGGCAGAGUGAAAACCACCACGGUCUCCUGACACUGACAACUACAACAACUACAACUCACCAGAAAGACAGGUUCCCAUCAUCCAUUACCCAUCAUCAGCUAGCGGACCAUCCUCUCCAGCUUCAGUUGCUGAAGACCAAUCACAGAACACCGCAGCCUUCAGAGUCGCAGGUCAAAGCACCAGCACUUCCUGUUUGAUGCAUGGGUGAACUAUGGAAACUGAAGCUUAAACUUCUUUUGGGGAAAAACAGUGACUGUGUUCGUUUUCCAAGAGAUUUGAAAAGCAAUUUUAGUGCAUUGGAUGGAUAUCUUUUUUGUGGCACAAAACUCUGUUUCAUUUUUACAUACCAAAGAUGAACAGAGCCCAUGAAGACAUGUUUUUGGAGGGGAUAAGACAUUCACAAUGCCACUCUACCACA